AUGCAUAAAAAUAAUAUUGUCGGAUACAAUUUUGAUUGCACUAUUAAUUUAAUUAAAUUAUGUAAAACUAAAUGCGAUGACAAUGAGUGUGACAAACUUCAACAACAGCGACAACAAAAAUCAAUGAAACCUAAAUUCAAAUGCAAUUACAAAAGUUGCGACAAACAAUUUGUUCACAACUAUCACCUAAAUCGACACAAACGUAAAGUACAUUUACGGCAAUUGGCGUUCAAAUGUGAGUACAAUGGUUGCAACAAAUCGUUUUCAGAUAACUCGCAUUUGACGAAACACCGGUUCAAACAUACUGGAGAAAGACCACACAUAUGUCAGGUCAAAGGUUGUCGUCAAAGAUAUAAACGUAAAGAAAAUUUAACCAAACAUUUAAAAAGAGAUCACAAAUAA